GGAAGCAUCUAGAAGCGUCCUGAGCGGGCUUUGAGAAUGGAAAAGCACAAAGUGCUGGACCAGCUCCUGGAUGAGCUGCAGCGCUUUCUGAAGGUUCUGGACGGGGAGAACCUGAGCGGCAAUGCGACGGCGCAGAAAGGUGUUCUGUCGGACCUGCUGCAGUCCUACCGGUCCUCCAGUGGUGGCGAUGAGGAGUACAUCUACAUGAACAAAGUCCACAUCCUGAGGAACCAGGACAUAUGUGACAGAGAGCUUACAUCACUGAUGGAGACCAAUGGGAGCCCAGGAAAACAUGUGUCUGCUCCACAGAAGAGCCUGCCAGAUCUGCCCACUGCCAGAACAAGUGUGGCAGGGAGAGAGCCCUUUCCCCUGCCUCCUGUCCCAGCUCCUGCGUUUCUGGAGUCUCCUGAGGGGUACUAUGAGGAGGCUCAGCCCUAUGACCUGACCCUUAACGAGGACGCUGAGGCUGUUAGCAGCUCAUACGAGUCGUAUGACGAAGAGGAAAUGAGCAAAGGCAAAUCGGCUGCACAACACCAGUGGCCUUCCACUGAGGCCUCCAUCGAGCUGAUGAAGGACGCGCGGAUCUGCGCUUUCCUCUGGAGGAAGAAGUGGUUGGGCCAGUGGACCAAACAGCUGUGUGUCAUUCGAGAGAACCGUCUCCUGUGCUAUAAAAGCUCUAAGGACCAGACUCCGCUGCUGGACGUCAGUUUGGUGGCCUGCAGUGUUAUCUAUAAGGAGAAACAGCCGAAGAGGAGAGAGCACAAACUGAAGAUCAUCCCUCAGGGAGGAGAAGCCAUUGUUCUGGGUCUUCAGAGCAAAGAACAGACUGAACAGUGGCUCAAGGUGAUCCAGGAGAUUAGUCCUAAAUCUACUGAGGGGACGGAGGUUUCUGACUCUCCCAGACUCAUCUGCACUAAGGGUGAGCUGACAGAGAGACACUCCAUGGCCUCAGAGAGUGGGAGCAGUACGGACAGCCACGCUGACCUGACUGACAGUAAAGAUGUUAAGAAGAAACAUGGGCCUGGUCUGAAGUUCAGCAAUCUAAUGAACAUUGGGAAGAAAAAAGUUUCAUCUUUGGAAAGCCCAGAGAAGAAUAUAGAAACAUCUGGUUACCUGAAUGUCCUGGUAAACAGUCAGUGGCGGACCCGUUGGUGCCUUGUUAAGAACCGGCAGCUCUGGUUCUAUCAGGACAAGGGCAAAGGCAAAGUGGUUCAGCAGCCCGUGGCCCUGGAGGGCUGUAUGGUUCUCCCUGACCCCAGCCCUGAACACCUCUACUCCUUCCGUAUUCAGAUGGCUGGAGAGGAGCUGGCCACUCUGGAGGCCAAGUCAUCUACUGACAUGGGACACUGGCUGGGGUUGCUGUUGUCACAGACGGGAACCAGAACCGACCCAGCAGAACUGACAUAUGAUUAUGUGAACUCAGAGAGGAUAUCCAGCAUCCUCAAUGCAGCUAGAACCUCCAUGUACCUGAUGCAGAGAAGAUUCUCAGAGCCCAACACAUACAUAGACAGCCCCCCCUCAGACCCCCAGGGCACAGACGACAUCUACGAUGAUGUGGCAUCCAUAGGAAAUGACCAGGAGGAGGAGGAUGAGGAGAGCACAGGUGAGGUCGCUGUGUGUGUGGACCAGGAGCAGGACGACAAAACCAGGGUGUAUCUGGACCUGGCCCCAGUCCGAUCUUUCCUCCACACGUCCUCAGGAAGAGGGUCUCCCCAGACCUCCCAGUCCCAAAACAGAGAUCCCAGUACCCCACCAGCCCCCACUGAAGAAUGGCAAGACCCCAAAGACCAGGACACGUCACCUGACCAGUCUCAAUGUGACUCUACCCUGUCCACGGGCCCCAAAGACCUUCCUGAUACCCCAAAAGUUAACUGUGACCCCCCACCUUCCCCCGGUCUCCAAACCCAAAGGUCCAGCGGCAGUCAGGAGGGUCUGAGAAAAGCCCCCACCAGCUCCCCACAGUCGAACCCACAGUCACACCUCCCCACACACACACCCCAAAGCCCUCCCACCCUUAGAGGAAGAGCGCCCAGCACAGACAGGCUGAAAGCCCCGCUCACAGUAUCUUCAGGGUCAAUCGAGGUGAAGCUGGGAAAAAACCGGACAGAAGCUGAUGUACGGCGCUUCACCGAUGAACGAGACCGGCUAGAGAGAGAGAGGGAGGAGGUGAAGAGCUCACUGGCCACACUGAGGAAAGAACGACGAGAAGCCAAAGAAGAGCUGAGCUCUUGCCAAGACCCCACCCAGCAGGCAUCUCUGGAGGCGUACCUAAAGCAGAAGGAGGAGGCUUGUCGGGAGGCGGAGCAUCGGCGUGUGGAGGUGGAGCUCAGGUUGGUGGAGGUGAAGGAGAGUCUGAGGAAGGUGGAGGCGGGACCCUUUACACUUGGCACCACAGUGGACAGUGGUAUCCUGGACUCACCCACGCCUAAGACAACAUCAGCGGCUCCUGUUCGACCCCCCAGUCCUUCCCCAGUCAAUAAUGGCGAGACAUCUCCCAUCAACUGUGCGACAGCGCUGAAGAGCAGACCCCCGUCCAUCAUGGCCCCAAGUAAAGGAAACGUCCUGCAGAAGGCAAAGGAAUGGGAGAAGAAGGGCUCGACUUAAGAGUGGACACAGAAAUACCCAAUGCUUUUUCCUGACCCCGGACUUUCUAAGGGUGUUUGUUCAGGACAG